UCUAAUAACUAGAGAAGAAAAGGCAAUAGAGGCCGACUGAAGUAUUGAUCUAAAGAGGGGGAGUCUGCCCAGGUGAUAAAGGUGCAAGUAGGAUUUCAGGCACAGUUUUUAUGGAAUAAGUGAUGAGUGAACAUCUACCUAUUUCCCUCCCUUCCAAUUUAAAUGGAAGCAGGAGUAACUUAAGCUAGAUAUAACGAAGAACUUCCUGAGUUUAUGAACUUCCUGAGCUGGCUAGUGAGGACAGCACCAAGGUCAGUCUUCUUUGCCAGGUGUUUAAGAAGAGCUAGAGCCACGCCUGCUGAGAGGCGGGGCUGGCUGCAUGGGUCCCUGGGGAUUCUCCUGGCUCUGAGGUUUCCACCAGAUUGGCACAGAUGGGAUUUUCCCACGGCUGGCAGGAGGACAAAUCACCAGGCCUCAUGGCUUGGGCCAGCCUCUCCCUCUGAGUCCCUUAUGUCACUAGCCAGGCAGCCCCGGCCUUGGCAUGUUUGGGAAGGGCCUGCUCCUUGCAGCUCCUGUCCCUGGGGGUGGGCACGUCUGCUGGGUGUGUCUCGUGUCUCCAGCGGGCCCUGUCCUGCCUUUCAGUGAGGGCCACCCUGGACGCAUCAGGCUUUGUGCCAAGAUCAUGGUGCUCUGUAGCUGGCUCUGGCUUCCGGCCCAUCCUUUCGGGAUUUCCCCUGAAGGUGGGGUCUGUGGGCGACCCAGGACUGCCCGUCCAGUGCCCCGCUCUGCUCAAGGCUCACCCACAGAUGGCCUGGCCUGCCUGCUCCCCCUGCUCCUCCUGGUGGGCUUCGCUGAGAGGCUGGGCUGGACUGUCCAGAUGAGAAGGUGGUAGCGGAUGUCCCUCCCUGGGCAUCCCCUAGGUCGUGAGAUGUGCUCCCAGGAGGCUCUCCAGGCACAGAGGAGUCACCUGGUGGGGCUGCUGGUCUCCAGGUCCCUGGAGGGCUUCGAGAGCAUCUUGGACUGGCUGCUGUCCUGGGAAGUCCUCUCCUGGGAGGACUACGAGAGCCUCAGCCUCCCAGGCCAGCCUCUUUCCCGCUUGGCCAGGCGCCUGCUGGACACUGUCGGGAACAAGGGCGCUUGGGGCUGUGAGAAGCUGGUCGCAGCUCUCCAGGAAGCCCAGGCCGGCGGUCAGUCCCCUGAGCCACGUGGCGGCUGGGACCCCUACUCACUCCACCCAGCCCGAGACCUGCAGAGUCACCGGCCRGCCAUCGUCAGGAGACUGUACAGCCACGUGGAGGCUGUGCUGGACCUGGUGCGGGAGCGCGGCUUCAUCAGCCAGUACGAGUGUGAUGACAUCAGACUGCCCAUUUUCACGUCCUCCCAGAGGGCAAGGAGGCUGCUUGAUCUUGCCGCAGUGAAGGCAAAUGGAUUGGCUGCUUUCCUUCUCCGGCACAUUCUGGAAUUACCAGUCCCAUUGCCCCUGCCUUUAGUGGCUGCAGAUUGCCGGAAGUACGUCUCCAAGCUGAGGAGCACGGUGUCCGCGCAGUCCCGCUGCCUCAGCACUUACGACGGCGCGGAGAAUCUGUGCCUGGACGACGUGUACACAGAGAACACCCUGGAGCUGCGCACGGAGGUGGGCACGGCCGGGGCCCUGCACAAGAGCCCCGCCACCCUGGGGCUGGAGGAGCUCUUCAGAGCCCAGGGACACCUCAACAAAGACGCGGACACCGUGCUGGUGGUGGGCGAGGCGGGCAGCGGCAAGAGCACACUCCUGCAGCGGCUGCACUUGCUCUGGGCGACUGGGCAGCACUUCCAGGACUUUCUGUUCGUCUUCCCGUUCAGCUGCCGGCAGCUGCAGUGCGUGACCAAACCGCUGUCCUUGAGGACGCUGAUCUUUGAGCACUGCUGUUGGCCCGAUGCGGGCCAGCAGGACGUCUUUCAGUUCCUCCUCGACCACCCCGACCGCGUCCUGCUAACCUUUGACGGCUUCGAUGAGUUCAGGUUCAGGUUCACCGAUGGCGAGCGCCACUGCUCCCCGUCGGACCCCACGUCAGUCCCCACUCUGCUCUUCAACCUCCUGCAGGGCAACCUGCUCAAGAACGCACGCAAGGUGCUGACCAGCCGCCCAGACGCCGUGUCGGCCCUCCUCAGGAAGUACGCGUGCACCGAGUGCCACCUGAGGGGCUUCUCAAAGGAGGCCAUCGAGCUUUACCUGAGGAGGUGCCAUCCUGAGCCGGGGAUGGCGGACCGCCUCCUCCACCUGCUCCAAGCGACCUCAGCCCUCUACGGCUUAUGCCAUCUUCCUGUUUUCUCAUGGAUGGUGUCCAGAUGCCACCAGGAACUGCUGCUGCAGGAAGGGGGGUCCCCAAAGACCACCACAGAUAUGUACCUUCUGAUCCUGCAGCAUUUCCUGCUGCGGGCUUCCCCKCCAGACAUGGCCUCCCACGUCCGGGGACCCGGCCUCUUCCGAGGCAGGCUCUCCACCCUCCUGCACCUUGGUCGACUGGCUCUCUGGGGCCUGGGCCUGUGCUGCUACGUGUUCUCUGCCCAGCAGCUGCAGGCAGCCCAGGUGGAYCCUGAUGACAUUUCUCUUGGCUUCCUGGUGUGUGCCCAGCGGGGGGUGCCAGGGAGCGYGCCAGCCCUGGAAUUCCUGCACAUUACUUUCCAGUGCUUUUUUGCCGCCAUCUACCUGGCGCUGAGCCCUGACGUGUCCGUAGCCUCGUUCAGACGCCUCUUCAACUGCCACAGGCCGGGCAGCUCUCCACUGGCCCGCCUGCUGCCCACACUGUGCGUCCAGGGCUCCGGGUGUGAGGAGGGCAGCGUGGUGGCUUUGCUGCAGGAGGCCGAGCCGCACAACCUUCAGAUCACAGCAGCUUUCCUGGCAGGGCUCUUGUCCCAGGAGCACCGGGACCUGCUGGCUCCGUGCCAGGUGUCCAAAAAGGCCCUGCUCCGGCGCCGACGAGCCUGUACUCGCCGCUGUCUAUCCCGCAGCCUCCGWAAGCACUUCCAGUCCAUCCCGCCAGCUGUGCCGGGUGAGGCCAAGAGCAUGCACGCCAUGCCCGGGUUCAUCUGGCUCAUCCGGAGCCUGUAUGAGAUGCAGGAGGAGCGGCUGGCGCGGGAGGCGGUGCGCGGGCUGGAUGUCGGGCACCUCAAGCUGACGUUUUGCAGGGUGGGCCCCGCCGAGUGUGCCGCCCUGGCCUUUGUGCUGCGGCACCUCCAGCGGCCCGUGGCCCUGCAGCUGGACCAUAACUCUGUGGGUGACAUUGGCGUGGAGCAGCUGCUGCCUUGCCUGGGUAUCUGCAAGGCUCUUUAUUUGCGCGAUAACGAUAUCUCAGACCGAGGCCUCUGCAGGCUCAUUGAGCACGCUCUUCACUGUGAGCAYCUGCAGAAGUUAGCUUUGUUCAACAACAAAUUGACUGACRGCUGUGCACACUCCCUGGCCACGCUCCUCGCAUGCAAGCAGGACUUUUUGGCAUUGAGGCUGGGGAACAACCACAUCACCGCAGCGGGGGCCCAGGUGCUGGCCCAGGGGCUCCGAAGCAAUGCCUCCCUGCAGUUCCUGGGGCUCUGGGGAAACAAGGUGGGUGACAACGGUGCUCAGGCCCUGGCCGAGGCCUUAGAUGACCACCAGAGCUUGAAGUGGCUCAGCCUGGUGGGGAACAACAUUGGCCGUGCGGGUGCCCGAGCCUUAGCCCUGAUGUUGGAAAAGAAUGUGGCCCUAGAAGAACUCUGUCUGGAGGAGAACCAUCUCCUGGAUGAAGGUGUGUGUUUUCUUGCAGAAGGACUGAAGAGAAAUUCCAGUUUGAAAGUCCUGAAGCUGUCCAACAAUGGCAUCACCCGCCUGGGUGCAGAAGCCCUCCUGCAGGCCCUCAAAGGGAAUGACACCAUCCUGGAAGUCUGGCUCAGAGGCAACAGUCUCUCUCUGGAGGAAACCCAGCAGCUCAGCCACAGGGACAGCAGACUCUUGCUUUGAUGGUUCCAGGCCGAGGCUCAUUUCAGUUGGUUGGUGAGGAAGCUGUGGUCUGGACCCUGGAAGCUUGGAUUGGCAGCAGCCCAUUCAGACAGAGCCCUGUCCUGCCCCGGGAUGAAUCUGUUUUCAGAGAGCACCACAGGUCACCUGACUCCACAGGAGGAAGGCACCGCAGUGCCCUUCAGAGUGGACUUCCCCAAGCCUACUUCUGCUCUCAGGUUCUGCCCCAGACUCAAUCCAUGGGAUGGACAAGAGGGCAGCCCCUCCCUCCCAGUCUGGGCCCGGGCCCAGCUAAUCCGCCAGGGUUCUGAGUGGGGGUCAGUGGGACCCUGGGGGUCUGCUGAGUGCCUGCCGGUCCUGACCCACAGUCAGAGGAGGAGGUACAUCCAGGAGACAGCUUUCUGCCCCUCCACCUCCUGGUUCAUCCACCCAGUGGUUCCCAGCCUGCCUCCUCCACUACCCUGCGGAGACCCAGAGGGCUCCCAGCCCUGGCCCUGGGAUGGGCCACAGCUUCCCCUGCUCUGCCGCCCAAGAYGGUGCCAGAGGGAGACAUGGGGCAGCCUUUUGUUCCCUAAGACAUUCUUAGAUUUGCAAGAAAAAUAGGAUCAUGCUUCAGCUCGGAUACACAUGGACUUUUAUUUCCAGUGAAAUCAAUUACACUUAAGUUAAGCUUUUGGAACUAGCUCCCCAUCCAAAUGCAGCUUUUAAAAAUUAAUCUGGGCCAGAAUUCCAAAYGGCCCCAGUAGGCUUCUGGUUGAUGCCUCUGAACUGAACUCUGACAACAGACUUUGGAAACAUUUCCAUAAGAGAUGGUUCCCUUUCAUUUGUGCAGAAUGCUUCAGGAUAUAUAGUUAUGGAUUGGAAGUUUACAGGGGGCAAAACCAGACCCUUCUUUCAAAGCAAUGUUCUUUCUAUACUUUUAUUUUCCUCUCUCUUUUUUUUGUACUGAAAUUGAAUCCACCCGGGGAACUAGAGCACUAACCACAUCCACAUCCCUAGGCCUUUCAAUGUAUUUUUUGUUUUCAAAUUUUGAGACAGGCUUGAGGCUGGCCUCAAACAUGUGAUCCUCCUGCCUCAGCC